AUGGCGAAAUACUUUGGAUUGCGUGGUUCCAAGCUGAACGCAGCCCUGAUCUGGGCUGUGAUCAUGCCCGCGUACAUACUGUUUGGCUUCAACAAUGGUGUGGGUGGAAGUCUCGUGGACUUGCCCAGCUGGGUUUCGGUGUUCCCUCGUAUCGACACCGUCAACACAACCGGUUCCAAAAAGACCGAAAACAGUCGAGUCCAGGGCACCGUCAUAGCCUUGUACACUCUCGGGGCCCUCUUUGGUGCGCUGUCUUGUAUCAUCCUUGGCGACAAGCUCGGACGGAAGAGAACCAUCAUGCUGGGAGCGUUGGUUCACACACUUGGGGCCGUCAUACAGUCUUCGUCCUACUCGCUAGGUCAAUUGAUUGUCGGGCGGCUUGUGGCUGGUCUCGGGUUCGGGGCAUUGACUGCCACAGCGCCCAAUUGGCAGAGUGAAUGCUCAAGUGCAGAGCACCGUGGUUCCGUGGUCUUGCUCGAAUCCGUCUUUAUCAGCUUCGGCCUAGCUCUACAAGGAUGGAUCGGAUUUGGCAUUUCGCAUGCCUCUGGGAGCGUCGCCUGGCGAUUUCCGUUGGCGCUGACGGGCUUGUUCUCCAUCAUUGUCGUCGGAACCAUGUCCCAAAUGCCAGAAUCGCCCCGAUGGCUCAUCAAAAAGGGAAGAUUGGAAGAAGCUAAACAUGUCCUCGCCGCGCUGGAAGACCUUCCCGAGGACUCCAACAAAAUCGAAACCGAUGUAGCGCGCAUCGGGGAAUCUCUGCGACUUACGGGUUCAGCUCGCUUCCGAGACAUCUUCAAGAACGGCGAGCAGCGUCUGUUCCAUCGAGCAUGCUUAGCGGCUGCGGGCCAGGUCUUUCAACAAAUGUGCGGCAUCAAUGCGCUGGCGUUUUAUCUGCCAACGCUGUACAGUCAGUACUUGAAGCUCCCAGCCAAAGACUCCCAGAUUCUUGCUGCAUCCGUCUUCUCGUUCCAAACUCUGUGUUCACCCAUUGGUGUGCUCACGGUCGAUCGAUUUGGCCGACGCAAGCUGAUGAUAUUUGCGGCGGUGGGCAUGGGAUGCUGCUUGGUCAUCAUGACCGGAACCGUGUCUGAUCCUACCAACGAGGCGGCUCAGAUUGUGGCAGCUCUGAUGAUCUUUUUGUUUGGACUGUUUUUCCCAACAGGCUUUCUGGGUCUCACCUUCUUGUAUGCAAGCGAGAUCGCCCCUCUCAGCGUUCGAGUGCCAAUUACUAGUAUUUCGACGGGUACAGCCUGGGCGUUCAACUUCCUUGUCGCCGAGAUCACCCCGGUAGGAUUUGCAACCCUCAACUACCGAUACUUUAUCAUUUACGCCUGUAUUAAUUUAUUGUUGAUCUUGCCUUGUGUCUACUUUUUCUGGCCGGAGACGGCGGGUAAGUCGUUGGAAGAGGUGGACGAAAUCUUCAUCCAAAGUCACAGCAUUUUUGACCCAGUCCGAGUGGCCAAGCACAUGUCCCGGCGACGGGUUGAACCGGUGCAGCAGGUCAUUGAGGAAGGUAAAGGAACAGGACAAACCACCGUAGUCGAGAGCGAGAAGAGCACCGGAGCUCACAGCGAGUAG